UCUCGUUCUUGGAGAGUGCACGACAUCGCCGGUAAGGUGAUGCUUGUCUCAGAUUGAAUUCGGCUUGAGGUCCAGGCUGGUCAAGAAUGCUGGGGUGACUUGCUCAGACCCCUCGUCCGUUUUUGCCGAUUCCCCCGCAUGCUACAGAUUUCCAGCUCGGCCAUGACGAAUAACGACUAAUCAAUAUCCUUCAGCCGAGGAUGACAUGGACCAACACGAAGUUCGCAUAUAAGGACCCUUGAUUGACGUAACGGUAUCUCACCAUCUGGAAGGCACAAGGCUGCCUUCGUCUAUACUCCAGUAUCACUGCAAAUUGGAACAAUGGCCUCGCCAAACAAACCUGUCGCGCUGGUCAUAGGUGCUUCGCGUGGCAUCGGCCGCCAGAUCGCCAUCGACCUCGCCAAGCACAACUACACCGUAAUCAUCGCCGCCAAAUCCACCUCCACUCCAAGCAAAGACACGCCCUUCCCCCCGGACCCCAACUCCCCAGCCUCCACCAUCACAACCGUUGCUCAAGAGAUCAACCUCCUCUCGCCAAACACCGCCUACCCCAUCCCCGUCGACGUUCGCUCUCCGGCCCAGAUCGACAACCUGGUUGCCCAGACCCUCCGUCUGACCAGCGGCAGGCUGGACGUGGUGGUCUACAACUCGGGCGCUAUCUGGUGGUCCUCGGUUAAGAACACCCCAUUCAAGCGGUUCCGGCUGAUGCAGCAAGUCAACCCAGAGGGGCUGUACGCGACGGUGCAGGCGGUGCUGCCCGUUUUCGAACGGAAUGGGAAUCGCGGCCGGAUUGUGGUGGUUUCGCCGCCGGUGUAUUCGAGGUUCUUUCGAGGGAAGACUGGGUAUGCCAUUGGGAAGGUGGGGAUGAGUGUGCUGACGCGCGGGUUGGCGAUGGAUUUUGUGAGAGAGGGGAAGACGGAGAUGGCUAUUACGAGUAUCUGGCCUGCUGCGGCUAUUCAAUCAGCUGCUACAGAGAUGAAUCCCGCUGGGGCUGAUGAAUCACGGAAAGCAGAUCUGAGGAAGCCGGCUAUCUUCUCCGACGCAGUUCUAGGCAUCCUGAACACAGCGGCUCAUAUCGUCAACGGUAUGCUGGCGCUGGACGAAGACUUUCUGCGCGAUUACUGCGGAGUGACGGAUUUUACCAAAUAUUCGCUCGUGCCGGGCACGCAUCCGCGACGAAUGAUGCCGAAGAAGCUGCCUGUGCUGGAGGUGGAGGAGCAGGAUGACGAGGGGACGAGGAUGGAUAGUGCUGCCGCGCGGGGGACAGGGUCGAAACUAUGAG